AUGAUACUCAGAAGAAGAAUAAAAUUUGCCAAUGAGAGACGAAAACCGUACGUUAUCCAGGAUUUUGUAGAAGCAAAAGAAAAAUAUGUUAAUAAUAUAAUGACAGCAAUAACUACGAGCUGGAAAGAACUAUGCACUAAACAAGAAAAAGAAACUGUAUGGCAAAGUAUGUACAGAAUAAUAAAAAAAUGUAGCGCAUCUAACCAAGACAAACUGCUGAAAUCAGGCGAUGAAAUUCUUAACGCUAAUGACUCAGCAAUGUUAUUGGCAAAAUCUUUUUACCCAGAUGACGAUAAAAACAUAGAUACUGAAGAACAAACCAGAAUACGAGAUAAAGCGGAUAAAAUAACUAAAGAACUUAGAAAAAGCACGACAAUUUCUCAUCGUAGUUUUACAGAGAUAGAAAUAGAGGCAGUUCUAGAUAAAAUGGACCCCAAAAAGGCGCCUGGCGAAGAUGGCACUACGUCAGAUAUUUGCUAUCAGUCAUAUAAGACCAUGCCUUCAACACUAAUGGCUAUCUACAACAAGAGUCUCGAAAUAGGUUAUUUCCCAAAGAUCUGGAAAAAUGCCAUAAUAAAAAUAAUUCCAAAACCGAACAGAGAGGACUACACAGUUCCCAAAGCUUACCGCCCUAUUGGCUUACUUCCUAUAUUUGGAAAGAUAUUAGAGAAACUUUUUGUAACCAGGCUUCUUUGGCAAUUGGGAAAAGAGGGUAAACUUAACAGCCGACAAUACGGGUUCAUGCCGCAACGUAGUACAGAAGACGCCUUGUACGACGCUAUCUCCUUUAUAAAACAGGGGAUCAAGGAAAAAAAAAAGAUUGUUGUUGUGGUAUCCCUCGAUAUAGAAGGGGCAUUUGACAAUGCAUGGUGGCCUCAAAUAAUAAAUGAAAUGCAUAGAAAACAAGUGAGUCAAGAUAUUCUGAGACUGAUUACUAGUUACCUAUCUUCGAGGAAUAUCACGCUAAAAUAUGCAGGUGCAGUAGUUACCAAAUCUACCACCAAGGGGUGUAUUCAGGGAUCUACUUGCGGGCCUAUACUUUGGAAUAUUCUCCUGGAUCCCCUUCUCGAAAGUACAUCACAUCUGAAGGUACACGUUCAGGCGUUUGCCGACGAUAUACUUGUGAUCGCAAAAGGCCACUCAGCCAAAGCAAUUGAAGAAGAACUGAAUCCAGCCUUGGACCACAUAGUGUCAUGGGGGAAAACACAUAAGCUAAAAUUUGCACCACAGAAAACACAGGCAGUAAUAAUUACUAAAAAACUAUCUCCCGAAUUGCCGCAAAUAAAAAUGGGGAAUGUUUAUGUCCAACCAUCAGCGAGUGUAAAGAUACUUGGAGUCACAAUUGAUAAAAAUCGUAAGUAUCGCCUUUGA